AUUGCCAAACAAUGAAAAUAGGAAGCAACAGUUUUCUGCUGGCACAGAAGUUCCAAAUAACCAUGACUCUCGUGAAUUUCACAUUUGUACAUUGUCAGCAUGAGUCAGGAAUUUAUUUUCUAUAGAUGAGAAGCGACUAAGCAGACCUAAUUGUUUUUAUUUGUUUAAGAAAAAGGAGUGUCCUAAAAAGAACUGUUUGCAAUUCCCUUUGUAGGAGGGGCUACAGAACUAUAUAAUCUCAAGGCAAAGCUGCUGAGAGUUGAGAGUGGGUUAUACUGUGUAGAAGGUAAGCUUUCUUGCACACGUGUAAGCAAUUAGUGUAAUUGAAGCUAAGUCAGUGAAUGGGUUUUAUGGAUUACCUGCUGUACUUUACUAAUAUGGUUAUGUGCAUGGUUAUGUAAAAUUACUAAUCAACUGCUUUCUAGGUGCACAGAUUUAAGACAAAGAAACGUAGAUCUCAAGUGUGGAGUGCUUCCUCUCACCUUCUUCCUAUUUUAGAGAAAAUAUAUUAUUUAAAGGGGAAUAUGGUGGGGUUUUAGUUAUUUUCUUUUUGCUGCUGUUAAUGCUUCAGCUUUAUUGUUGACAUGAUGUUAAUAACUGUGAAACUAGUACAAAUUAGGCACUGUCUACAUGUAUGCUGCUGAUAUGCACGCACUGAUUCUGACCAGGGGGGCACGACAGCCUGUCUAGAAACUGUUGUUGCUUUAAAUUCCAGCAGAGUUGGAACUGACCAAGCAGACAGUAGGAAAUCAGGCACGUGGAAGCAUGUCUGGGAAGCCCAAGCUGCACUACUUCAAUGGACGAGGCCGAAUGGAAUCAAUACGGUGGCUACUAGCAGCAGCUGGGGUUGAGUUUGAAGAAUGUUUUCUGGAAACAAAGGAUGAUCUGACAAAGUUACGGAAGGAUGGAUCCCUGCUAUUUCAGCAAGUGCCCUUGGUGGAGAUCGAUGGAAUGAAGAUGGUGCAGACAAGAGCCAUUGGCAACUACAUAGCAGCAAAGUACAACCUCUACGGGAAGGACCUGAAGGAGAGAGCCCUAAUCGAUAUGUAUGUGGAAGGAAUAGCAGAUCUGAAUGAGUUACUGAUGAUGCAUGUUUCCCAACCAGCGGAUAAAAAGCAAGAAUAUUUUGCUAAUCUUGUGGACAAGGCCACAAACAGGUACUUCCCAGUCUAUGAGAAGGUUUUGAAAGACCAUGGACAGGACUUUCUUGUGGGCAAUCAGCUUAGCAGGGCAGAUGUGCAGUUACUUGAAAUCCUUUUAAUGGCAGAAGAGUGCAAGCCUGAUAUCCUUGCCAAGUUUCCUCUCUUGCAGAGUUUUAAAGCAAGAAUAAGCAAUAUCCCCACAAUAAAGAAAUUCCUGCAGCCUGGCAGCCAGAGGAAACCACCACUACAAGAAAAAGAUCUGCCAAGCGUGAUGAAAAUUUUCCAAUGAGCAACAACCUUAACCCACAGAAACUCUUGUUUCAUAGUCGUUCUGUUUGCUGACAAAAUUAAUGGUGAAAAUAAUGAAAAUGGUGAACAGGUUUUUGAUCUCUCUUUCUGUAACUAUAGGACUGGUUUUAGCCUUCUGCAAAUACUUCCAAAUUAAAUCUACACAAGCAUACCAGCAAACAAAAUAGCUCACUGCAUUGGGGGGUGUACACUGGACAAUACAGAAUGUCUUAAAUUACUUAAUAUCUGAAAUAAAGUCUUACGAUUGACACACAAAA